AUGAGCAGCGAAUUGAGAGCGGAAUCUGCCAACAUGAGGAGCCAAGUGGAGACUCGGGUCCGCCGACCCAAGAAUGCAUUUGUGGUCUGGGCCAUGGACGAGAGAAAGCGGCUGGCACAGCAGAACCCAGGCCUUCCGAAAGGAGAGCUGAGCAAAAUACAAGGGAAAGCAUGGAGGGCUUUAACACGAACUGAAAAAAUGCCUUUUUUUGUGGAAGCGGAGAGACUAAAAGAGCAGCACACCCAGGACCACACAAAAAAGCCUAAAAAACGUAAACUGGAUCAAAAGAAGAAGAGAUCGGGAAAUGGAUUUAUUGGCAUAAAGGAACAGCCAGCCCAGACCAGUACUGAUGGAGGGUUGUGUUUGGACAGUUUCAGUAUGGGCUAUAACCAAGACCAGUCAUAUUGCCACUCUCAGCUUCCACAGAGCACCAGUCACUAUAGAGACCACAACUACGACUACAGCUUGCCCACACCGGAAGCGUCACCUGUGAAUUUGGUUGAAGCUGACUCUUUGUAUUUUACAUCUUCUGCCCAAGAAGUGGUGCCCUAUUCAUACAAUACCACCAAUUCCCACCAGCAGAGUCCUUGCAUCUCAUUAACUGUCAACCAAUUGUCCCAGGCUGAAGAGAUGGGCCUAGGUAGCCCAAAUAACAAUAUGAUUGUGUCCCAACAGCCUCCACAAAUGUAUUAUGAACAAUCAUUUGCAUCCUGCAGGCAUGAGAUGGUACUGCCAGGCUAUCUCUCCCCACCUCCUGAAUCCAUACCCAGAGUGGCACCUUCCAUGCAGCAUGUUGAUACAUUGGGUCGUGUUUACAAAGCAGAGUUCAGUCAGUAUCUGGGCUAUGCAACCACACCAGAAGGAGGGAUGUAUCAUAAUAACCAAGAUCGGACUCUUUCCCAUACAGAGAAUGGAUUAAUGAGUUCAGUUCUGCCUGAUGCUAGCACUGCAACGUGUGCCACCUAUUCCAGCGAGCAGAGUUCUUGCUCCUUCAACCAAUUGUCCCAGGCUGUACAGGUGGGCCAAGGUAGCGCAAUGAACAAUAUGAUUGGGUGCCAACAGCCUCCACCAAUGUAUUAUGAACAAUCGUUUGUAUCCGGCAGGCAUGAGAUGGUACUACCGGGGUAUCUCUCCCCACCCCUCGAGACCAUACCCCGAGUGGAACCUUCCAUGCAGCAUGUUAAUACAUUGGGUCGUGUUUACAAAGCAGAGUUCAAUCAGUACCUGGGCUGUGUAACCAUGGCAGAAGGAGGGAUGUAUCAACAAGGCCAAGACCAGACUGUGUCCCAUACAGAGAAUGCAUUAAUGAGUUCAGUACUGUCUGAUGCUAGCACUGCAAUGUAUUAUUGUAAUAACUAUUCCAAUGCAUGA